AUGCAGAUUUUCACUCGAAGCCAAGGAGCACUUGUGUGCUUUUGGCUGUCUGUUGUUUUUUUGGUAAUAGGAUCUUGCCACAGUACAGUUGAGGUAGUUGGUCUUGGAGAAUGCGCUGAUUGCAAGCAGAACAACAUUAAAACUAGUCAGGCUUUCUCAGGGUUAAAAGUAACAAUAGACUGCAAGGAAGCGAGUGGACAUUUUAAAACAAGAGGGGCUGGUGAGCUUGAUAAAAAUGGGAAUUUCAAAGUAUCACUUCCACAGGACAUUGUUAAAGAAGGUGAACUGAAAGAAGAGUGUUAUGCUCAGCUGCGUACUGCAUCGGCUAUACCAUGUCCUGCUCAUGAUGGUCUGCAAGGCACCAAAAUUGUGAUUAGUUCAAAAUCUGAUGAGAAACAUACUCUCAGUACUGCUGCUGCUGGUAAACUCAAGUUUUCAUCAGCAACAUGUGCUUCAGCAUUUUUUUGGCCUUUUUAUAAGCAUCCUCUUUUUCCUAAGCUUCCUCUUCCUCAAUUACCUCAUUUCCCUCCUAAAGUUUUUCCACCAUUUCCACCGAAGUUUUUCCAUAAACAUCACCCUCUCUUUCCUCCUAUUCCUAUCUACACCAAACCUCCUUUUCCUCAUAUUCCUAUCUACAACAAACCUCUCCCUCCACCUGUGCCUAUCUAUGAGAAACCUCUCCCUCCCCCUACGCCGGUAUAUGAGAAACCUCUCCCUCCCCCUGUCUAUGAGAAACCUCUCCCUCCUCCUGUCUAUGAGAAACCUCUUCCUCCUCCUGUGCCCAUUUAUCAUGAACCGCCAACUCCUGUUUACCAUGCACCUCCUACACCUGUUUAUCACGAACCUCCUACGCCGGUUUAUCAUAAACCACCUACGCCUGUUUACCAUGCACCUCCUACGCCUGUUUAUCACGAACCCCCUACGCCAGUUUAUCAUAAACCACCUACGCCUGUUUACCAUGCACCUCCUACGCCUGUUUAUCAUAAACCACCUACGCCUGUUUACCACGAACCUCCUACGCCAGUUUAUCAUAAACCACCUACGCCUGUUUACCACGAACCUCCUACGCCAGUUUAUCACGAACCACCUACGCCUGUUUAUCAUAAACCUCCUACACCUGUUUAUCAUAAACCUCCUACGCCGGUUUAUCAUGAACCACCUACGCCCGUUUAUCAUAAACCACAUCCACCACAGGUUCCGGUCAAGAAACCUUGUCCACCUAAGGUUGAACAUCCAAUUCUACCACCGGUUCCAAUCUACAAACCUCAUCCUUCUCCAGUUCCAAAGCCACUUCCACCACCUGUUCCGGUCAAAAAACCGUGUCCGCCAAAGGUUGAGCAUCCAAUUCUACCACCUGUUCCAAUAUACAAACCUCCAGUAGUAAUUCCAAAGCCACCAGUGGUUCCAAUAUACAAACCUCCAGUAGUAGUUCCAAAGCCACCUGUGGUUCCAAUCAUCGAGCCUCAUCCUCCUCUUGUUCCAAUUUACAAACCACCAGUUGUUAUCAAACCUCUUCCUCCUUUCCCAAAGUUUCCUCCAUUCAAUAAACCACCAUUUCCACCUCUUCCCAAGUUCCCUCCAGUGCACGAUUUUUUCCAUCACCCCAAGUACGGAAAAUUGCCCCCAAAGAGCUUUUUCCAUCACCCCAAGUUUGGAAAAUGGCCACCAACCCAUCCAAAAAGCUUCUUCCAUCACCCCAAGUACGGAAAAUGGCCACCAAUCCAUAAGAGCUUCUUCCAUCACCCCAAGUAUGGAAAAUGGCCAACGGAUCCAAAAAGCUUUUUCCAUCACCCAAGCUUGGGAAAUGGCCACCAUUAA